CCCGCCUGGCUUUGCUGCUGGGCGCUCGCCGGCUGCCAGGCGGCCUGGGCUGGGGACCUGGCCUCCUCCGGCCGCCCGCCUCCUCCCUGCCAGGAGAAAGAUUACCACUUUGAAUAUACAGAAUGUGAUAGCAGUGGCUCCAGGUGGAGAGUUGCCAUUCCGAAUUCUGCAGUGGACUGCUCUGGCCUGCCUGACCCAGUGAGAGGCAAAGAAUGCACUUUCUCCUGUGCUUCUGGAGAAUAUCUAGAAAUGAAGAACCAGGUGUGCAGUAAGUGUGGCGAAGGCACCUACUCCUUGGGCAGUGGCGUCAAAUUUGAUGAAUGGGAUGCAUUACCAGCAGGAUUUUCCAACGUGGCGACGUUCAUGGACACUGCGGUUGGCCCUUCUGACACCAGGCCAGUCGGCUGUAACAACUCUUCGUGGGUUCCUCGUGGAAAUUACAUAGAGUCAAAUCGUGAUGACUGCACUGUGUCUUUGAUCUAUGCCGUGCACCUUAAGAAGUCGGGUUAUGUCUUCUUUGAGUACCAGUAUGUCGACAACAACAUCUUCUUUGAGUUCUUUAUUCAGAAUGAUCAGUGCCAAGAGAUGGAUACCACCGCCGACAAGUGGGUCAAACUCACAGACAAUGGAGAAUGGGGCUCUCAUUCUGUAAUGCUAAAAUCUGGUACAAACAUAUUGUAUUGGAGAACUACAGGCAUCCUUAUGGGCUCUGAGGCAGUAAAGCCAGUAUUGGUAAAAAAUAUCACAAUUGAAGGAGUGGCGUACACAUCAGAAUGCUUUCCGUGCAAACCAGGCACCUUCAGCAACAAACCAGGUUCGUUCAACUGCCAAGUGUGUCCCAGAAACACCUAUUCUGAGAAAGGAGCCAAAGAAUGCAUAAAGUGCGCAGAGGACUCCCAAUUUUCAGAGGAAGGAUCCGGUGAGUGUACGGAGCGUCCUCCCUGUUCCACCAAAGACUAUUUUCAGAUCCAUACUCCAUGUGAUGAAGAAGGAAAGACACAGAUAAUGUACAAGUGGAUAGAGCCAAAAAUCUGCCGGGAGGAGCUCACAAAUGCUAUUAGGUUGCCCCCUUCUGGAGAGAAGAAGGAUUGUCCACCUUGCAACCCUGGGUUUUAUAACAAUGGAUCCUCUUCUUGCCAUCCCUGUCCUCCUGGAACGUUUUCAGAUGGAACAAAGGAAUGUAGACCGUGUCCAGCAGGAACAGAGCCUGCGCUUGGGUUUGAAUAUAAAUGGUGGAAUGUCCUUCCUAGCAACAUGAAAACUUCCUGCUUCAAUGUUGGGAAUUCAAAGUGUGAUGGAAUGAAUGGUUGGGAGGUGGCUGGAGAUCAUAUCCAAAGUGGGGCUGGAGGUUCUGAUAAUGAUUACCUGAUCUUAAACUUGCAAAUCCCAGGAUUUAAACCACCAACAUCUAUGACUGGAGCUAUGGGUUCUGAACUGGGAAGAAUAACAUUUGUCUUUGAGACCAUCUGUUCUGCCGACUGUGUUCUCUACUUUAUGGUGGAUAUUAAUAGUAAAAGUACCAACGUGGUGGAAUCAUGGGGUGGAACCAAAGAAAAACAAGCUUAUACCCACAUCAUCUUCAAGAAUGCAACAUUUACGUUUACAUGGGCAUUCCAGAGAACGAACCAGGGUCAAGAUAAUAGACGGUUCAUCAAUGACGUGGUGAAGAUUUAUUCUGUCACUGCCACUAAUGCAGUUGAUGGGGUGGCGUCCUCGUGCCGUGCCUGCGCCCUCGGGUCUGAACAGUCGGGCUCAUCGUGUGUCCCCUGCCCCCCAGGCCAUUACAUCGAGAAAGAAACCAACCAGUGCAAGGAGUGCCCACCUGACACCUACCUGUCCAUACAUCAGGUCUAUGGCAAGGAAGCUUGUGUUCCAUGUGGGCCUGGGAGUAGAAGCACUCAGGACCACUCAGUUUGCUAUAGUGACUGCUUUUUCUACCACGAGAAAGAAAAUCAGAGUUUGCACUAUGACUUCAGCAACCUUAGCAGCGUGGGCUCGUUAAUGAAUGGCCCCAGCUUUACCUCCAAAGGCACAAAAUACUUCCACUUCUUCAAUAUUAGUUUAUGUGGGCACGAGGGGAAGAAGAUGGCUCUGUGUACCAACAAUAUAACAGACUUUACAAUCAAGGAAAUGGUGACAGGGUCAGAUGAUUACACAAAUCUUGUAGGAGCAUUUAUAUGCCAGUCAACGAUUAUUCCUUCUGAAAGUAAGGGUUUCCGAGCAGCCUUAUCGUCACAAUCCAUCAUUCUGGCAGACACAUUUUUAGGAGUGACAGUUGAAACCACCUUGCAAAAUAUUCAUAUAAAAGAAGAUAUGUUCCCCAUUCCACCAAGUCAAAUACCAGAUGUGCAUUUCUUUUACAAGUCUUCUACAACAACAACAUCUUGUGUUAAUGGCCGAUCAACUGCUGUGAAAAUGAGAUGUAAUCCUACUAAACCGGGAGCUGGAGUGAUUUCAGUCCCCAGCAAGUGUCCAGCAGGCACGUGUGAUGGAUGUGCAUUCUAUUUCCUGUGGGAGAGUCCGGAAGCGUGCCCUCUGUGCACAGAACAUGACUUUCACGAGAUUGAGGGAGCUUGUAAGAGAGGAUUUCAGGAAACCUUAUAUGUGUGGAAUGAACCUAAAUGGUGCAUUAAAGGAAUUUCUUUGCCUGAGAAAAAGUUAUCAACCUGCGAAACAGUUGACUUUUGGCUAAAAGUGGGAGCAGGUGUGGGAGCAUUCACAGCUGUUUUGUUGGUGGCUCUAACUUGCUAUUUCUGGAAAAAGAAUCAGAAACUGGAGUACAAAUAUUCCAAAUUAGUAAUGACAGCUAACUCAAAAGAAUGUGAACUCCCAGCUGCAGACAGUUGUGCUAUCAUGGAAGGAGAAGAUAAUGAAGAGGAAGUUGUAUAUUCCAAUAAACAGUCGCUACUGGGAAAACUCAAGUCCUUGGCAACAAAGGAAAAAGAAGACCAUUUUGAAUCUGUUCAACUGAAAUCCUCACGACCCCCAAAUAUAUGAAAAGACAGUUCUGCAGCCUUCAGACUAGUGAACACAGAAACCUGCUCUCUAGUUUUCCAGGACCAUAGUAUAGAGCCUGUCCUCAUCCCCAGCACGUUGGUAAUGUCCCAGAGGAGCGCCAAGAAGGGAAGGAGGUGGAAACGUUUGAUUGCCUUAUCACACGGUCAAGUAUCUUGCCAAAAAUAGGAAAGCAAAUGGUUUGAGUCUCAACUGAAGAUGAAACUCAACUCAGGAAGAGAUUUGUCUGUAUAUACACAUAACUGAAAACCAAGGUUAAGCCCACCAGUGCAUAUUGAUGCAUGCCAUAUAAAUUAAUGGGUAACUUUGAUUCUUUAUCACUUCUACAUAUAGACUGUGCUUUGGAGGGCAGAUGUCGGCAUAUGCAUUGUGGUCCCAUUUUGUCUUUUCUUUGUUUAUGUUUGGGGGAAGAAUUUGAAAAAUUUUUAAAGGUAUAGUUAUUUUCCCAUUAUUUAUUUUCCUGACAGACCUUAAAACAUCUUUUCUAUUCAAAAUGGUAACAGAGAAAGACAAUAAACUUCUAAUUUUUCCAUAGGGCAUCUUUCUUGAUUUCAGAAGCGUAAAUAAGUAGUAAUUUUUUUAGGAAGAGUCAGAAGUAGCUUGGGUUAUCUAAACUUAUAAUUACCUUUGAAAUUCCAUUCUUAUCGAAACUGAUAAGUGAGCUUAACUAAAAGCAUUAAAGGAAUCUUAAAAAAAGAAAAAAAAAGGCAAGACUUUCCAUUAAUACAAACAAGUGACACUAUCACUCAAGUCAAAUGGUUUCAAACUUCAAUGCUUGAAGUAAAAUGUAAAAUGAGUGGGAAAACUUUUUUUUAUUAGAUCAUCUUGCAAAAUCAUGAAGAUGAAAGUGGGAUGACUUGUGUACAAGUAUAGAUAACUGUACAAAGGUAUUUGGAUAAUUUUGUGGUUUCCAGAAAAUGGCAGUGGGAUAUUUGCCCGAUGUCAAACAUCAAAGGUUAUAUGGUUAUUAUUCUGCUACAAGAUGUUGAGGGUUAUGACUUCCAUGAAAGUUUUUCUUUUUAAGUCAGUGAGGCAAAAAUUCAUUUGGAAAAUUGCGUAUAAUUGUACUCAUAAUAAGAAUGUGGUUGUACCACAAGCAGUUAUGAAAUAAGUGUUGUUCUUAUUCAAAAAUGAUCCAGAUAAUUGUGAUGCCUCCUGUGACAGGUUACUAGUGUUAGCACGUCUUGAAUAUUAUUUGUUGAAAGCAGUUUGAAUGAAGUUGGAUUUGACCGAUUUUGUAUAAACCCUAAUUGUUUUAUAACUGAGAAAGAGGGGAGUUUCUUGGCCAUUGAUGAUCUAAGGUGCUCUGGUAUGUUUCCAAUAAACAGUAUAAUCUUUAUAGAUUUCAAUCCAGAUUUUUAAAAAGAUGGGUGGUUGGCUGAGAGAAGCAGAGCAUAUGGGCAGGGUUUGUUGAAUGCUUUGCCCCAUGUCUUUCAAUAAGGUAUAUUUGUAACUUUGAUUUAAUAGGUAAUGUCUUUACGUGUGUGAAAACUGGGAGAAAAUAAAUAAUUGCAUUUAUCUGGCUGAUGGGUAAAACACUGGGCUAUGCUGUUAUUGUUGAAUGAAUUAAUGUUUGCUUUGUGUACCUCUUCUGUUGGAUUCAUAAGUAUAGGUGAGGCUGCCAUUAUUUCAUUGUUGUAAGAUUCAGGGAGAACAUCAUUCAAUAUAAACCUUUUUCAUGUUUCAUUUCUUAAAUAUUAUUAUGAGGAAGAAAUUAUUUUUGCACUGCUUAUUUUUAUCUUGCUAACAGUGCUGAUGAGCCUUUGCCCAUUUUGGCCAAAACUUAAACAGAAGAAUGAAAAUUCAUUUGAAAUGCACCCUUGUAGAGGAACCCUGCCAAAGUUGUGUAGCUGGAUAGAGUCAGGCAGUUUCUGUGCAGUCACCUGUCACUCUCUCUAUGUUGUUGGCUGUGCUCAACAUGCAUGUGCCAAGACAUAGAGAUAAUUGGGAUUUGCUCCCAGGUAGCUUCUUUCUUCUCCUGUCACUGAACUAAAAUCUCUGACAUGUCAAAAUGCCUUAAAUUUUAAUGAACUCUCUGAAAAUGUAGUUGGUACUGAAGAAUUUAUUUCUAAUUUUAGGUAUUAAAUAAAUUUCGUCAGUUCAGUCCCAUGUUUGGAAUGGAGCUGCCUUUUUUUUUUUUUUUUGGAUCCCAGUGCUUGUCAUUUUAUUCCAAGCACUAAAGAAGUAUGACAGAAAGAAUAUUAUGAGGAAAAUAUUUAGACCAAUCCUGGCUAUAAAAUUUACUUUGGUUUUAGGUAUUGCCUUUGCAAAGCUCAUUGGAAUAUUGAAAGGCAUAAACAAAUUAAUCAUAUUUCUAUGACUUUAAUUGACCUUUGUUGUUUCUUUCCCUUCCUAAGUAAUAGAAGAAGGUAUUUGUUAUUUUUCUAAAGGCACAGUUUUGAAGCCUUAAAUACUUUAUUAAGUCAACUGUCACCUAUAAUAUCUCUUAGCACUCUGUCAAAACAUAUUUAAGUCAGUUUUCCACUGGAUGAGACCAUGUCUUCUAUGGAUAAAUUAUAUCAUGCCAUUUCACAAUGUUGAGCAAUUUGAUAUAUGUUCACUUGACUGAAUUUUAUUCUUGUUGACUUUCCCUCUCUUUGGUUACUAGCAAUCAGAUCCUUUCCAGGAUUAAAAAUGUUUCAUAGUA